UAGUUUACCUGGAUGAUAUCAAUAUUGGAUCAAAAACAUUUGAACAAUACUUGGAACACCUUAAACAAGUGUUUGAACAUCUUAAGGAUGCUGGUUUAAAGUUGAACCCUGAAAAGUGUUUCUUCUUUAAGCAAAAACUACUCUUUCUUGGUCAUAUAAUUAGUGAAAAAGGAGCAAUACUCUCACAAAAGGAUAAUGAUAAUUCAGAGCAUAUAAUAGCCUAUGCUAGUCGAACUCUAAACCCUUACGAGAAAAAUUAUUUAAUUACUGAACUAGAAUGCCUAGCA